AUGGCGAGCCGGAUCGCAGACAUCAAGGCAGACUUGCGCGCGAAGAAGCGUGUCAGCGGCUGGGUUCUUCCCAAGCCUGAAUCGGCGUUCACGCCUGAAGGACGAUGGAGCAAUUACGACAUGGAGCCUGUGCCGCCUGAGCAUCGUACUUGGGGGUCGGGCACCUUCGCAGCGUACUGGUUCUCCGACUUGAUCAAUGCCGGAUCUUGGUCGCAGAUCUCGUCGUUCGUUAGCCUCGGCUUGACAUGGUGGCAAGGCCUCCUCGCGACGUUUACGGGCGGCGUGCUACUGUGUAUCGUCAUUGUAGCGAACGGUAUCGUCGGCUCUCGCCUGCACGUUCCAUUCGCCAUCAGCUCACGUGCCUCGUUCGGCUACUACCUCUCGCGCUUCGUUAUCUGCUCGCGCAUGGUCAUUGCCAUGUUCUGGCUGUCGGUGAACACAUUUCAGGGUGGGAUUUCCGUCAGGAUAUGUUUAACCGCCAUCUGGCCCUCCUUCGCCCAUCUCAAGAACACCCUGCCUGCUUCAGCAGGCGUCACAUCAGCGGACAUGCUGUGCUUCUUCCUCUUCUGGGUGAUCCAGUUCCCGUUCUGCCUCGUCCACCCACACAAGCUUCGACCCGUCUUCCUCGCUAAAGCCAUCACCCUCCCUAUCGUCGCCAUCGCCAUGAUGGGCUGGACCAUUCACAAAGCGGGCGAUCAGGCGUCGGUGGUUCUCAAGGCGAAGCCGACUCUCCACGGUCUCGAAGGAUGGUACGCCUUCAUGACUGCCGUGACAGCUUGUAUGGGGACUUGGUCCACCAUGGCAUGCAACAUCUCGGACUUCUCACGCUACACGCGCAAAGAGACCGCGGCAUGGACGCAAAUGCUCUUCGUGCCCGCCCUCUGGACCGUCUGCGCACUUUUCGGCUCGAUCGCCGCGAACAUGACCACCGUCAUCCCGCGAUACCAAGGUGUCGCAACCUUCCAGCCCUUCGACAUUAUCGAGAAUGGCGGUUGGCUCGAGUCGCACGGCGGCAGGGCGGCUGCCUUCUUUUGCUCGCUCGCCUGGGGCGUCGGCAACAUGACGACGAACAUCACUGCCAACUCUAUCUCGGCGGCGAACGACAUGGCGUCGCUCUUCCCGAAGUGGAUCUCGAUCUUCCGCGGACAGUUGAUUGCCAUUGUUAUUGGCGUGUGGGCUUUUGCGCCGUGGAAGGUCCUCGCCUCCGCCGGAGCCUUCAUCUCCUUCAUGGGCGCCUACUCGAUCGUCCUCGCCCCGAUUGCCGCCAUCCUCUGCGCCGACUUCUUCCUCGUCAAGCGCGGCAAGUACAACGUUCCCGAGCUGUACAACUUUGGGGAGGGCAUCUACCGCUACACCUACGGCUUCAACCUCUGCGCCCUCGGAGCGCUGCUCAUCUCGAUCCCGCCGAACUUGCCGGGCAUGAUCAACGCCCUCAACUCGAAGGUCGACAUCGGCAACGCUAAGUACAUCUACUGUAUGGCGGACAUCUUCGGCAUCGUCGUUGCCGCCGGCUCACACACGCUCCUCUCGAAGCUCUUCCCGGAUCACAAGACGCUCAUCGCCGAGGCUGUUCUCGCCGACGACGUCCUCGACGGCCGCGUGCCGGGCUACGAGCACCUCGCGCGCAGGUCGGCAACGGCUUCGCUCACGCCGUCGUCGGAGAAGCUCGAGCCUGAGGCGGGUAUCCACCCGGCGGAGGUCUAG